AUGGCUAACCAAGACGAUACCCAUGACGCGAAUGGAUCACGUAACAAUGUUGAAAAAGAAAUCAAACGAGGAUUGACUGUUAUGAAGUCAAUCAUUCGUGCAAGAGACAAGGGUGUAAAAUUUGAAGUACAUUGGAGUGCUGAAGACCAACUAAUUGAGCCUAACGGUUCAAUGUUGGCAAGUUACAUUGGUUUCCUUGUUCGACAACAUAUUCCGAUUACAUGUGAUAAUUGGAGAAGUCCGGAAUUGAAGGUUGGCAAAGAAAAAAUAUGGUCCGAGAUACAGAGAUCCUUUCACAUCGAUGAAAGCCGACAAAAAUAUUGUAUUCAAUUGGCCGGAAAAAGACUCCGAGGAUUUCGAUCCUUUUUGUCCAACAAAUUUCUCAAGGAUGAGGAAGGAAAAUUUGUUGAAGCAGAACGGCCAAUGAAGUAUGCCGAGAUUAUUUCAGCCGAUGAAUGGGAUAACUUUGUCGCCAAACGAAGAAACGAAAAAUUCCAUGAAGUAAGCGACAAAAAUCAGAAAAGGGCAUCAAAAUCCGCGUAUCCGUACAAAAAAGGGCGUACGGGAUAUGCACGGUUACAACAAAGAAUUCUAGCCGAGGAGAAAAGUGACGCAACAUCUCUUCCGGAGCACGUAUUAUGGAAGGCUGCUCGAGUUGGGAAGGAUGGGGCUGUCGUUGAAGCGGUCCAAAAUGUUUAUGACGAAUGUGUAAGUAUAUGUAACAUUAUUUCUUUAAUUAUAUCGAAAAUUUUGUUAGACAUAUAAUUCAUUUUUAAUCUCCUCUAAUAAUAUUUCAGGAGACUUUAUCCCAAACCUUACCUUCAACCGAGGUCCAGGAUUGCAGGAGCGUACUUAGUCGAGUACUAAAUGUUCCUGAGUAUUCCGGUCGUGUGAGGGGUAAGGGUUUUGGUGUGACUCCGUCGUCAUUUUAUAAAAAACCAAAAACAAAAAAUCCUACCAACAAAGAGGUGAUGAAGACCUUGGUGGAGUUAAGGGCACAAGUACUCCAACUGCAAAACGAGAAUGCAAGGUAUAGAGAGGAAAGGUGUGGUUCCGAGGCAAAAGAUACUAGUGACCGAGCUAGUAUCAAUUGUCAACCGAAAUUUCCCGAGGGCAUUACACCUUGUCAGCUGUAUCUAUCGUCACCAACUUAUCGCAUAGUUGGCAAGGGAAAAGUGCACAAUACUUCGGGUGAAUUACUUCACCAUAAUCCCCUCCCGGUG